CUGCUUGCAGGUGAUUUUGGCUGAAAUGCUCCAUCCCUACAGCACAGGACCUGGCAGCACGGUCCUGUGUAUGCUAAUUGCUUUUCCCAUGUCAUUUAGUGCAAUUUCUUAGAAAUCCAAUACAUAAAUUACAUAAGGAGAUAUAGAUCAAUAGUCCUUACUGAAUGGUGUGCAUCCAUCACCAUUAUAAAAGCGGGCAGACUGGCAGGAAUGCUAUGAAUGUUGGAGGUUUUUUCUACCCUUCUUUAUGUAGAACAAAUAUACUGAGUUGGACAGAAAGGUCUGGCCCAGACCUUUCAUUAUGUCUCUGAAAAGCCCAUAGCUGAUGGUUAGAAAGAAAUUUCCUCCUGCAGAGUGUUCUCUUAAAGCUUCUGUCAGUCUGCUGCCUUGAACUGAGGUUCCAUUGGUUUUGAGUGUUGAAUGGUUCUCAUGGUUUUAGCAGAGCUACCUAAAAAGCAAAAAUGUCAUCGCUACAUUUUUAUGUCUUGAUAUCUGAUCUAAAUUUCCCUCAUCUGUGAGAGUUGGAAAAUCUUUCAAAUGAUCGUUACGUUUGAAAGAUAAAUCUCAGUGCUUAAAGUGGGAGAUGGUGGAUGUCAUGGCAGGCUGAAAAAUGAGGACCUUUGAGACCUAAUGGUUGUCAGCAUGAAUCUUAGGGCAAGUUUUGCACAGGUGUAGUGGUAGAGAGAGAAUAACUUCUGAACUACUUAGCUGGAAAGAGGUCAGUCCUCUGGAAUUCGUGCACGCUCGACUGGCAGAUAGGGAAUUGCUUCAGAAAACAGGAGAUGACAAACAUUGUCUUUGUGGAGGUCACAGCACCUGUAAUUUUCCAAAAGACAGUUGAUGCAUCUUUUUACCUAAAUGUGGUGCUUAUAGAAGAAUGAAACCAUUAAAGAGGAGGAAAAAAAGGACCUUUCAAAAACCAAACUGAGAAAGUAAAAUUAGGCCUGAACAGUGCCAUCCUGGCUAAAAAUUAUGAUUUUUUUUUUUUUUAAAUUGGUGAUAUUCUGUUCUUUUCCUCUUCUUACCCAUUUUGCCUACAUCCGUCUGGUUCUAAAUGUGUUUUGAUCUGCUUGUCUGCCUGCACAGGCUUUCAACAUACCCUGAAGACAUUUCACUUCUGUCAGCUACAGUGAGAACCCUUCCUGGAAAUAUUUGCAUUGCUGGAAGGCAAAAGGUAGUUAGAAAAGUGAUUGGCACCUGUAGCAGUAGUACUGAUGUUGCAGGUGGACAUGCUGAAACAAUGUCAGAACCAGGCUUACUUCUGUUAUUGAUGCUUUGUGGGAACAAAGAAGGAAGCGUCAGCUUUAUAUGGCUCAUGCCUGACAACAUGCACCACCAGUGGCUGCUGCUAGCUGCAUGCUUUUGGGUGAUAUUCAUGUUCAUGGUUGCUAGCAAGUUUAUCACGUUGACUUUUAAAGACCCAGAUGGCUACGGUGCCAGGCAAGAGUCAUUGAUACUGACAGCUGUGACAAAAGUGGAGGAGGUGCAUGUGCCGGAGGAAAAACAUUGGCCUGAAGAAUUCCAGCCAACUGGAAAACCUUUUUCUGGAAAUCUGAUCCGCCAGCCCCUGGUUCAUAUGGAAAGACUUGAGCUUCUCAGGAACGUCUGCAGAGACACUGCACUGAGAGAUCUCUCUCACACUGCAGUUUCCAAAUUCGUCUUGGACCGAAUAUUUGUGUGUGACAAGCACAAGAUCCUGUUUUGUCAGACGCCAAAAGUGGGCAACACUCAGUGGAAAAAAGUCUUGAUUGUUUUAAAUGGAGCAUUUUCUUCCAUAGAAGAGAUCCCAGAAAAUAUUGUACAUGAUCACGAGAAGAAUGGCCUUCCACGUUUGUCCUCCUUCAGUGACUCUGAAAUAAAAAAACGACUGAAUUUAUACUUCAAGUUUUUUAUUGUUAGAGAUCCAUUUGAAAGACUUAUUUCUGCGUUCAAAGACAAGUUUGUGCACAAUCCUCGCUUUGAACCUUGGUACCGGCAUGAAAUCGCUCCCGGCAUCAUUCGUAAAUACAGAAAGAACCGCACAGAGACCAAAGGGCUGCAGUUUGAGGAUUUUGUGCGCUACCUGGGUGACCCCAAUCACCGAUGGCUGGAUGUUCAGUUUGGGGACCACAUCAUUCAUUGGGUAACGUAUGUGGAACUCUGCGCUCCCUGUGAAAUCACGUACAGUGUGAUUGGACACCACGAAACCCUGGAGGACGAUGCUCCAUAUAUCUUGAAAGCAGCCGGCAUAGACCACCUGGUAUCGUACCCCACCAUUCCACCAGGCAUAACAGUGUACAACAGAACAAAAGUAGAGCGGUAUUUUUCAGGAAUUAGCAAGAGAGACAUAAGACGCCUCUAUGCACGAUUUGAAGGUGAUUUUAAACUCUUUGGUUAUCGGGAGCCAGAUUUCUUGCUUAACUGACACCUGGGAUAAGCUCUGAAGAAAUGUCUCAUGGAUUCAUCUAAACCUGCCUGAAUACCAGCUGCAACACUGACAGAGAAUGACCAUUUGUUUUCUAGCUUUUUGAUGUUGCUCCAUUUUUCAGUGAAAUAUUUGUCAUAUGAACAAGUAGGGGCUCACAAUUGUUGUUUACCGACUGCGUUUUCAGUAUACAACAUUGCAAUAUGUUAGGAAUGGUGUCUCUGUUAUUUGAAGUACAGAAUUCCACUAUGCCCUUCUCCCCUCCAGGAAAAAAAGAGGGAGAAUAAAUGGGCUAUGAUCUUCCUCUCUUUCUCCCAGACAGAAUGGCAUUUUUGAAAUGUUGUGAAGUAUUUAUAAAGAUGGCAAUUUCAUUGUAGGUUAACUCUGACAUGUGGGUAAACAUGAUGAUUCGUGCUCAUGAGGAAGUAGUGUAGUCUCCCAUGAGCUUUGUAAAUGAGAGGCCAGUAUAGGACUAAAAAUUGACAAAUAAAAUUGUCUAGGUUCUGUCAUGUGGCUGCUAUAAUAACUGUAAUGCUGAUCUAAUCCCACUCUUGUUUGUCAAAAAAUGAACCUAAUUAGACAGAAGCUUUAGAGAUGUUAAAAAUGGGACUGUUCCAGACCCCAUUUUUUUGUCAUUUGUUUACUGUACUUACGACUGAUCUAUUGAGCCUCAUAAUUCUGCUUUUGAUUUUUGAGAUAUUAUUUAAUUCCUGGCUGUGUGAGUUAUCUGAGAACACCAGAUGCAAAUGGAACAUAGAGGAAAUAUUAAACUGCAAGGGAAACUUCAAGGAAAAAUAAAGUAUCCAUUGUAUUUGUGGGAGCACGUAUAGUAACCACGAGGUGCUCUCGCACAAUAUAACUUCUUUUUUCUUCUAACAGUUAAGAUUAAUAAAGAAGUCACAAAAGCAAGAUGUCAUAUUAAAGAGCUGCUAGAGUUAUUUGGAUUAACCAUCUAUCUUUUUCUUAUAUCCAGCCUUGCUCAAUGUUCAGUACUGCAGAGAACAGAAAGUUUAUCCCCCUCUGAAAAUCCAUCUCCCUUCUGCUAAGGGAAAAAAAGAAAACAGGAUGAAUCUCUGAUUUUUUUCAGUGAUUCACUGCCAUGAUGUCCCAACUCAAAAAUGCCCAACAUCUGUGUUACCAGUUGGGUGAACUGGGUACUUGCCAGGAGUUUGAAUGUCACUUAAAUUUGUGCACCCAUUUUAUGUGUUAUAAAAAAGACCAGAACCGAGUGGAUGCAGCCAUCAUAUUUGCCUGUGCUUGCAUUGUGUCUCAUAAAGAGCAGAUUCUUGUUUGAGUUCACCAGCAACAAAAAUGGGUGUGCUGCCACCUCAUCCUGCAGGCCAUGGGAGAGAGAGGGACCACGUAUCUGAAAUAAAGGAAUUGCUCUGUCGCAGUGAGCAUCUGAAUUAUAUUUUGAAAUCAUAGUCCCUGUAGAGUUAUUUGCAGAGCAGCUUAAUGUUAGUGGCUAGAAAUGCUAAUGAUAGUCAGUGCUAUGGAAUCUGCUUUUAAAUCCAGCCACAGUAUGUUUUUGAUAGCUUCCUGUAUUAACACAAGGAAACAUCUUGCACUUGUGUAAAAGGAAAGCUGUGCCAAGCUGACAUGUGCUGCUACCCACAAAAAGGAAGCCCUGUUGGAGCUGGAAAUGAUUUAAGAAAGAUCUCAAAAGACGAACUGAAAUAAGGGAGAAUCAUUUACUGGGCAUCAUUAGCAUGAGAAUAGUCUAGGAUGGCAAAGCUGGAAGGUAGGAUAUUUUCCGGGAGGUGUU